CCGAGCCGGCAGGAUUGAAGGAAGAAUCCCCUAGUUGCGUCGUUUAUCUUUAAACACGCUUGACUUGAUUUUAUUUGAUCAAGUAUUGUAUGUAAAAUAUAUAUUUUUAUUUUAUUCGUGCAGACACAAUGACUUUCGAUGUGCGGAGGUUCGAUAUCUACAGGAAAGUGCCCAAAGAUCUUACCCAGCCCACGUAUACUGGAGCUUUUAUUUCAGUAUGCUGCUGUGUCUUCAUGUUGUUCCUCUUUCUCUCAGAACUGACGGGAUUCAUCGCUACAGAAAUAGUAAAUGAACUAUAUGUGGAUGACCCCGAUAAGGACAGUGGGGGGAAGAUAGAUGUGAGUUUAAACAUCAGUUUGCCAAACUUACACUGUGAUUUGGUGGGUUUGGACAUCCAGGAUGAGAUGGGGCGGCAUGAAGUGGGCCACAUAGACAAUUCAAUGAAAGUGCCUCUAAACAACGGUCACGGGUGCCGCUUUGAAGGGGAGUUCAGUAUUAAUAAAGUUCCAGGAAACUUUCAUGUGUCAACACACAGUGCGACUGCUCAGCCGCAGAGCCCUGAUAUGACCCACAUCAUCCACAAACUCGCCUUUGGGGAGAAGCUUCAGGUGCAGCAUGUCCAGGGGGCUUUUAAUGCAUUAGGUGGAGCCAACAGACUUCAGUCCAAUGCUUUAGCAUCUCACGAUUACAUUCUCAAGAUCGUCCCUACAGUUUACGAGGACCUGGGAGGGAAGCAGAGAUUUUCCUACCAGUACACUGUGGCAAACAAGGUAAUCUGAGCCACAAAUAUCCACGUUACUGAGAAGCUCGUCUGAAAUUACGAGUCUAAAUUUAUGAAUGCGAUUUGCUGAUGGCUUCCAAAUCAGCCUGUGUUUACCACAGAUGCUGAAUGAAUUAUGUCUCUCUAUUAUUAAGUACCAUCAACCAUUUAUCACCUCUAAAGGCACUUCAGGG